ACCUCUAGUCUUUGGAGUUCGUUGUCUUUCUCUCUGAAGGCGUUGGGAAUGCUCAGAGUUCGACGCCGUAGUGCGACCUUGUAUAUUUCUAAUAUUUUGUUCUUCAAGCCGCUGCACACGCUCGGAACUCGACUCUCAAGGGCGUACUUGGGAGGUUUUGAAAUUUUGUUCAACAAUCAGCUGCGAGCGCUAGUUACUCGACCCUUUGGCACGCGAUUGUUAUGCGAAGAGAAUAACUUGCAAGACGAUUUCCAGUGGCAGAUUAAGAUUAUCCAUCACGGAGUCUUUUUGAUGCCCUCACAUGGGAUCUAUUUCCAGAAAGUUGAGAUUCUAGCAAUAAAUAUAGCCUAUGUUACUCGGAGUGAAUUGUAGCUUUCCAAUGGUGAAAGAAUUUUUGAAAUCGGCACAAUAGUUUUUGAGUUUAUUCAUUACAAACAUGCAUACAGAUCUUGAUAAAUUUAAAAAGUAUAAUACGUUUGUUACUCUUCUUCUUCUACAACAGCAGCCAGCACCUACUAACAGUAAAUAAACACUAUUCGCAGCUGUUGGCCGACGCUGUGACAUUAUGUAGAGCUCACCGUCAACGAACUGAUUGGACUUUAUCACUUUAUCAGUGUGGCUUAAGACCUGGAAAAUCCAAAAUGAUAUUUCAAACCUCAUACGGCGCGUUAAAGGUACGCAACCUAAUUGGUGUCACUUAUGGCAGCAGCGUAGAACUUUCGAAUCGAUGGAAUAUGUGCUGCAAGCAAAUCCAGAACUAUGGAUGCAAACGCUGCUACAUCGAACACAAAUCAUUUACACACCAGAUAUUAGGUUUAAUGUCACUUUUUUACGUGCAAUUAAACCUUUUGCUCAACACAAGCCCGGGAAGAACUGAAACGACAUGGCUUAGGUGCUUUGGAACCGUUUAUCAUCGCGACGUGUGUAAACUGGGUUUUGCCAAUGAGCUAGAGGGCAAAGCAGUUGCAGUAUUUUUAGAAUUACCGGCCCCUCAGUUGGCCGUGCCAUUAGCAGCUAAAACUCAGAAAUUAAAGGGAGGACUUUUUUGAUUCAUUUUCACCUUGUAUUGAAUCAUAACGUUGUUGUAUCGCUUUACAAGGACAUGGAUUCACCGAAAUUAGUUCAAUGGAAAUACAACAGCAACAGCAUGGAAGUUAAGACUAGAACGUUGCCAAUGCUAGAUUUAUAAUUCCUGAAACAUAAAUAAUUAUUACCAACUUUUAUGUUGUAAAAAUUCAAAUUUUACUUUAUAUUAUAGAAACUCUCCUCCCAGAAAUUGGAUGAAUCUAGUAUUAGUAAAAUUAAUGAAAGAACAGAUCUUACAAAAACUCCUAAAGCAACUAGUCCUCAUAUAAUGUGCGCAACUUACACUUCCAGGCCGCUCGGGGUAUUUGACAUUUGCCACUCUUCCUCCAGCCUUUGUCAGAUAGCAAAAAUUUAUCAAAUAUUCAAUACGUUUUACAUAUGUACGAUAAUACAUUUAUAAAGUAAAUAUAAUAAUAAACACCUA